CUAAUUAGUGUUACGUGGAUUUGGGCCAUGAGGAUCCGAUAAGGCAUAAUGGAUGAUCCGUUACGAGGAAUCCGACAAGCUCGAGCUCCCGCUUCGCGAAUCCAUGGAGAGACUUCGGAAGCUGGUGGCGCUAAUGGCGAUCACCCCCGAUUCCCGUCUCUCCGAGCUCCCCUUCCAUCAGCGCGGCCUCUUAGUCCCGGUUUUCUCCUUCGCUUCCUCUCUGUAUGGCCUCUCCCUCUCUCUUCGCCAUCGUCUCUUCCUCUCCUCCCACCUCCCAACUCACAGGUUGCCGGUUCCAGUUAUCAGCGUCGGCAAUCUCACUUGGGGAGGUAAUGGGAAGACACCAAUGGUGGAGUUCAUCGCUUCCUUCUUCGAUGAAAUCGGGAUUCCUCCUCUCGUCCUCACCAGAGGCUAUGGUGGUGGCGACGAAGUGAAGAUGCUAAAAAGUCAUCUUUUGCCAACUUCUGCAAGAAUUGGAGCAGGAUCCAAUAGGAAAGCCAUUGCUGAUUCCUUGUUUGAAAGAUAUGGUUUUAUGGAUGCCAAGUUGCUCUUAGAGAAACUCUCUUGGUCUUGCAAGUCUGGAAGUAGUUCAGUAGAUGAAAAGAUUGGUGUUGUGGUUCUGGACGAUGGGAUGCAGCACUGGAGUUUGUUCCGUGAUGUGGAGAUUGUUAUGGUGAAUGGAUUGAUGCCAUGGGGGAACAACCACUUGAUCCCUCGUGGGCCAUUGAGGGAGCCAUUGACAGCUCUUAGCCGAGCAGAUGUUGUGGUUGUUCAUCAUGCUGAUUUGGUAUCUGAUACCGAACUAGAAAACGUUAAGUCGACAAUAAGGAAAGUCUCUGCAUCCAUUCCCAUUUUCUUUAGCAGAUUGUCUCCAUCAUAUUUUUUUGAAAUCAAGAAUUACUCUAACAAAUUACCAUUAAGCGUGGUGCGUGGUAUGGUGGUCUUAUGUGUUUCUGCAAUUGGUUUCCCAGAUGCCUUUGUACAAGGACUUUGCAAGCUGGGACCAUUGCAUGUUGAUAGGUUGGACUUCUCAGAUCAUCAUCUUAUGGAAUCUAAUGACAUUGCGCUAGUCACAGAGAAAGUUCAAAUGCUUGAGAAUGAGUUCAAGGUCAAAGCAGUCAUUGUAAUGACCGAGAAGGACUAUUACCGUGAUCCAGUAAUUCUCAAACAGCUCCAUGAUUCCAAAGUGUUCAUCCUCUGUUCCUCUCUUCAAUUCUUGCCUUCCAAUGAACAGUCCACACGGGAUUUCACAAGGAAACUGAGAAAGCUACUUCAGAACAAAAUAGAAUUUCAAUAAACUGUCAUAUCAUAUGCCAACCCAACCAUUUUCUGAUGUAUUUUGAUAUGAUAAAUUGAAAACUCACAUUCUUAAAUAUUAAAAUA